ACCACUUCCUGUGGAAGAAUGAAAGCAUACGCCCAGCAGUCAUUUCAGCCCUGGCACUGAGCAGAGUGGAUCUUUCUGUAGCUCUGCUACACUGACGGUUUUAAGAGGCAGUUAACAUCACACUAAAAAAAUAUAAAAGUGCAGUUCAUUUUCAGCUUGACUUGAAGAUUAUUCAGCCUUGAAUUGUCACGGAUAUGCCUGCUGGGGACGCACUGGGAUUUACAAAGCUGAAAGUGCUGAAGCACUUGUGUAUUUAUGUUGUUGUAUUCUGAAGAGCACAGGUCCUGAUAUAAUUAGUGACACAUACUGCCUGCCUGGACUCUUUGCACUCACUGACUAACGUUCUAUUAUACCACCAUUGUCUCUACCAUACCCCUGCAAGUGCAACUUGAUGUGAAACCCAGUUGGGCCUUUACUGGGCUCCCAGGUGCUGUUGUGCUGUCUGGGUGAUGUGACAGGGCAGCUGUGUCAGGAACUGUGAAGAUGGAGUCUGGAGGUGGAGGAUUGGAGCAAAGCAGGGAGCCAGGGGAUGGAGAAAUGCUUGCCAUGAGAUUAGUCAACGCUUUGGAUUUUGCCUCUGCCUUUCACCAACACGUGGCAAAGCAUGUCCCCCAGAUUUAUACAGAUGAGCUGCAGCCACAAGUGGAGAAGCAAGAGGAGCUGGCACAGAAACUUAUUUUAACCCCACUGGAGUGGUGCCUCUUUAGAGAAGAUCCAAAUGUAUUCAAGGAGAAGUUACGGCACAGUGCAGCUCCUCCAUUAUGUGGAAGAGUCUUUAGAGGAGGGGAGACAACCUAUUCCUGCAGGGAUUGUGCCAUUGAUCCAACCUGUGUCCUGUGUAUGGAUUGUUUCCAGAACAGCAUUCAUAAAAAUCACAGAUACAAGAUGCACUCUUCAAUGGGAGGGGGAUUUUGUGACUGUGGGGAUACUGAAGCCUGGAAAACCGGCCCAUAUUGUAAGAUCCAUGAACCAGGGCCAUCAGAUCAGAAUUCAGACUUUCGUUUGAAGGAUGAACUUCUGGCCCAAACCAAAAUAGUAUUCCCUUUGAUUAUCCGGUAUAUAGUAGACAUGUUAAUCUGGGAAGAACAAAAGAGUUUGCCAGCAUAUCUGGAUACAGGGACAGUGGAGUGGAACCAGUACUACUGUGUACUUUACAAUGAUGAACACCACACCUAUGAUCACUUCAUCUACAGUUUGCAGAGAUCGCUUGGUUGUGAUCAGAAAGAAGCACAGACAUUAACCAGUGCAGCUGAGAGAGAGGGCCGCAAAGCUGUUAAAAAGGGUACUUUAGAGCAAUGCCAGGAGGUGACAGAAAGUCUAAAGGCUAAUUCAGAGAACGUGUCGCUGAAACCUGUCCACGUGGAGGUGCUGCAUGGUCAUGUAAUGGCCCAUCAAAGCUUUGCACUGUGUUUAGCAAUCUGGCUUAACAAACUCCUGGCCUACUCUAGUGACUUCCGACAGAUCUUCUGUCAAGUGUGCCUAGAGCAAGAGCCAAAGCCUAGCAGUUUUAAUCACACUUGUUAUGUCAGCUUGUUAAUUUUAAAGGACUCCAAGCUUCAUAAAGGAGUGCGGAAAGUUCUGCAUGAUCUGAUCUUCAGCAGCUUUUUCAUGGAAAUGGAGUAUAAGAAACAAUUUGCUAUAGAGUUUGUUAAGCAUUACAAGCAGAUACAGAAAGAAUACAUAAACGACGAUCAGGACAGGAACAUUUCAGUUACUGCAAUAUCAGUUCAGGUUUUCACUGUCCCUACUUUGGCUCGCCUACUGAUAGAAGAACAAAAUGUAAUGAAAGUCAUCACAGAGACUUUACUCGAGGUCAUAAAAGAAUAUCUUGGCUCAGACAACAAGUUCAACUUCCAGGGCUACAGCCAGGAACGCUUUUUCAUGGUAUAUGCCAUAAUCCUUGACCUCAAGUAUAUCCUUAUCUCUAAACCUACAUCCUGGUCUGAGAAGUUAAAAGCCAAGUUUCUGGAAGGAUUUAAAUCUUUCCUCUAUUUUUUAUCCUGUAUGCAGGGCAUGGAAGGGAUAAGCAGGAUGGUGGGACAGCACGUUGAGAUGGAUUCAGACUGGGAAGCUGUAAUAGCUAUGCAGAUGCAACUGAAAAAUGUCUUGACGCUGAUACAGGAAUGGUGUGCAACAGAUGAUGAUAUAUUGCUCAAAUCCUACAAGGAAUGCCAUCUGAGUCUUCUGCAGUGUUGCACCCCGGUCCCUUCCCAAGAAAAGAAGCUGAUAAAAAUGAGUGGCCAUUCAUACCAAAGCUAUCCAUACAUGGUGUCCAAAGACCCAAUCAGCAUACACUUACCUCUCUCUCGGAUGCUUGCUGGUCUACAUGCACAGAUGUGUAGGACUGGUGUCAUCACAAGACUGUGUGAAAUUCUUCCUCCGGAAGACUUACAGGUGGAACUAAUGAUUGAACACCCCUUAAGAUGCCUGGUGCUGGUGGGACAGGUAGCAGCUGAGAUGUGGAGAAGGAAUGGCCUUACUAUUGUUAGUCAGGUUUUUUACUAUCAUGAUGUGAAGUGCAGGGAGGAGAUGUAUGACAAAGAUGUUGUGAUGCUACAGAUUGGUGCAUCCUACCUGGAUCCCAACAGCUUCCUACUGCUCUUGCUGCAGAGGUAUGAACUGGAGGAGGCAUUCUCUAAUGUAGCUGUGCCCACCAAAGACAUGGAUGUAGCAAGGCAACACAACAUCUUAAUUGAAGAAAUGUUACAUGUCCUUAUUUGUGUUAUUGGUGAGCGCUAUGUGCCAGGCAUUAGCAAUGUUACUAGAGAAGAGUGCACUAUGAGGGAGAUCAUCCAUCUGCUUUGUAUUGAACCUAUGGCUCACAGUGCAAUCGCCAAGGCUUUGCCAGAGACUGAAAACACUGACAUAUGCCUGGAUAAACUCAUCAGUAAAGUUGCCACUUUUAAAAAACCGGGAGUAUCAGGACAUGGCGUUUAUGAACUAAAGGCUGAAUACCUCGAUCAAUUUAAUGUGUUCUUUUAUCAUUACACCAAAACACAACACAGCAAGGCAGAACACACACAGAAGAAAAGGCGAAAACAAGAAAACAGCUCAGAAGCAUUAGCCCCUCCUGCACCCCCCAAUUUCAGCCCAGCUUUUUGCAACGUGACCAAGCUUCUGUGCUGUGAUAUUAUGAUGCAUAUUCUACGAACCAUCUUGAAGAGAGCAGCAGAGGAAGAUCCAAUUAUGUGGACAGAAGGCAUGAUACAAAUGGUCCUCCAUAUUAUAGCCCUGGGGUUGUUAGAAGAGAAGCAACAGCUACAGAGGGCUGCUGAAGAAGAAGUAACAUUUAACUUCUAUCAUAAGGCAACAAGGGUUAGGAGUACAGAUGCAAAUGCACAAAGUGUUGCGACACUGCUGGAGAGGCUGAAGGGCAUUACCCAGCUGGAUGCCCAGAAAGACAUGAUCAUUUGGGUGCGACAAGUUUUUGAAACCGUAAAAGGGCUGAGAGAGACAUCUAGUCACACAGUUCCCACAGAUACAGUUUCUGACGUUGCAAAAGCUGAAGAGGGACAAAGCCCCCAGGAAAAGGAGAAGCGCAAAAGAAAAGCUGAGGCGGCCCGGCUCCACCGCCAGAAGAUCAUGGCACAGAUGUCAGCUUUACAAAAAAAUUUCAUUGAAACAAAUAAGCUUCUGUAUGACACCACUGUGGAAGUACAAGAAAGCACUAGUCCUGUAGAAGAGAGCCUGUUAUCAGCAGAUGAAGGAUCGAAGGUUGCCUUGGGGACAAAACGUGGCCCCACAGUGCCUAGCAAAGAUGUUCUAACAUGUAUUCUAUGUCAAGAAGAACAGGAAGUGAAAUUGGACAAGCCUACAAUGGUGCUAACUGCCUGCGUCCAAAAGUCCACAACACUGUCCCAAACUCGUAGCAAAGUGGUCUCACACACAGGAGAAACGUUUGAUCCACUUUUUACACACCCAGAGAUGUUGUAUGGAACCCAUACAGGCAGCUGUGGCCAUGUAAUGCAUGUUGUGUGCUGGCAGAAGUUCUUUGAGGCAAUGCAGAAGAAUACACGGCAGCGUCUUCACGUGGAGCUAAUUUUUGAUCUUGGAAAUGGCGAAUAUCUUUGUCCGCUAUGCAAAUGCCACUGUAACACCGUUAUACCUAUAAUCCCUCAUGUUGCCCAGCAAAUACAAAGUGUGGAUGCUGAAGCCAUAAAUUGUGUUUUCUCACUUCCUCAUUGGUUGGACAUAGUGGCGGCCAGAAUAUCUGGUUAUAAUUUAAACACCAUCAAAGGAACAAAGCCAAUCACUCCUGAAUUCUGUAAAAUUUAUAAAGACCAGAAUUAUGAGUUCCGUUCCAUCUUGAGCUUUGGCGUGCAGGCUCCGCCCCGCUAUCCAACUUGCACAGAAGGAAUGCUUGUUCACUUUGCCACUACAGUGUACCGCGUGGGCUUAAAUGUUCCUCCCAAUGAGUCUGAUUCACGUAUGCCUGUCAUGACAUGGAAUACUUGUGCAUUUACAAUCCAGUGUAUAGAAAGCUGGCUUCAGGAUGAAGAAAAACCCUUGUUUGGAUCCCUGCAAAACCGGCAACUUGCUGGAUUACAAGCCUUGGUGAAAUUUGCUGAGGCCCAAAGAGUUACAUGCCCUCAGCCUUUGAUACGGAGACAUCUUAUCCGGUUAUUAGCAGCAUUCCUGCCAAACAUUACCCUUGAAGACACCCCAUCCUUUCUGUCUUUGGAUGUUUUCCAUCUGCUGGUGGGGUCAGUGUUGGCAUUCCCAUCAUUAUAUUGUGAAGAAAAUGUAGACUUACAUCCUUCUACCCUUGUUUCUACCUACAACAACCUCUACCUCUUUCACCUGCUCACAAUGACGCACAUACUGCAAAUCAUUUUCUCUUUAACUACAGAUAAUGUGCCUUCUACAGAACCUGACGACUGUGAAGAAGCCCGUACAGCUGCUACUCUUUGUCAGGACAUUUCACAACUCACCAGCAACAGUUUAAAGAUUGAUUUUCCGGGGUGGUAUGUUUGGAAAUGUGUGAAAGAGGGCAUCAUGCCAUAUCUGCGAUGUGCAGCUUUGUUCUUCCAUUAUUUGCUGGGAGUAAUGCCUCCAGAGGAGCUAAAAUCAUCAGGCACUACAGACAAUCAGUUAUCAGCUCUUUGCAGCUUCCUCUGCUUGCCAACCAACAUUCUUCUUCUUUUCCAAGAGAACUGGGACAUUGUGAAACUUCUCAUUCAGAGGUUGAGUUCUGACCAAUCCCUGCAGAGUGUCCUGGCUGGUUACACUACUGCACUCAGGUAUCCAAGGAAACGCAAUACACUAAUAGAGCUUCCAGAAGAUUACAGUUCCCUUCUCAACCAAGCAUCCCAGUUUAGAUGUCCUAAGUUUCAAGAUGCUGAACGGAAACACCCGGUGAUGUGCCUUCUCUGUGGGGCCAUUCUCUGUUCUCAGAAUACAUGCUGUCAGGAGGUGGUAAAUGGAGAAGAGCUGGGAGCUUGUACAGCACAUGCCAUGCACUGUGGAGCUGGUGUCUGCAUCUUCCUAAGUAUCAGAGAAUGCAAAGUGGUCCUAAUGGAGGGUAAAACCAGAGGAUGUAUCUACCAGGCUCCCUAUCUUGAUGAAUAUGGAGAAACAGACCCAGGACUGAAACGUGGAAACCCCUUACACCUUUCCCAUGAGCGAUAUCGGAAAUUGCAUCAGUUGUGGCAGCAGCACUGUAUUAUUGAAGAGAUUGGACACAACCUUGAAAUCAACCAGAUGUUUUUUGACUUUAAUUGGAGCCUGCUUUAGACAUCAGGAAGUACUGGGAGUGCAAAGGGAUGUGUGCACUUGUGCCUGACAUGACAGAGGAUGCCAGGACCUGAGGUUUUACAUCUGGUCAGUCCGUUUCCUAUCUGACUACAGAUUGGCUUUACAGGCGUGAAAAUGGAAAGAUCCUCUUCAGCAUCUGAUUUGUUCAUCUGGAACUCUUAUGUAUCACAUAAUUACACAAUAAGGGCUCAUUGAUCUGGCAAAACUAAACCAACUCAUGGCAGCCAAUCAGAUUUUUGCUUUCAUUAAUCUACCUGCAGCUUGUUGAAAAACACAGUUUGAAGUCACUGGUUGCUAUGGGUUACAGGACAGGUGCAAAUGUAUCCAUUGCUGUUAAUUCUCAUUUCGUUUUGGAAUCCUGGGUUUUUUUCUAUUUCUUUGAGUUGAUUUUAUUUUUCCACAAAUUAUUGAAUCUUGACAGUUGGCAGCUGGCUAAUUUAAUGCAAAGAAAAUCAGAAUUUUAUGUCGGUUCAAGACUUUUAAAGCCAGUCAGGUGUGUAUCAUAUAGAAAGUGACAUAGGAUUGAAUCAUUUUGGAUGUCUGGACUGGAUAACAUUUGCAUAUAGUUUCCGGUUUAUUUACCCUGUGAUUUACUUGUAAAUGUUGGGAGUUUCAGUAACUUCAUAUUUGAUUUUGGCUCCCAAAAAUAUAGUAGUUCAGCCUGCCUGGCACUGCUCCUAGGUUCUUUGCUCAUUCUUGAACCUCUCUAAGCUCAGGGGGCACAUCUUUGGAACUUGAAAUACUAUUACACCUUAUACAGUAACCACAGCCAAAAUAGACCCACACCCAUUUGUGAAUAUUUCACUAUCCUAGUGUCAGCUGUGCCCAGUCACUAGAAGCCCGCACAUAUUGCACAGUGCACUUCUUUCAGACAACUGAUAUGGAAUCCAAAACAUGGAAUAUUUUACAAAUUAAGACUAAAUUAAAACUAUUAGGCAGGGAUAUCUGCUGGGUUAAACAGUUUAUUUCCACUGCUGAGAUAACAUUAAAUAAUGUAAAUAUAUAUUUACUCCCCAACAUUUAGAUAUUUAGCAUGGGACGAUACUGCUUUGAGUAUGGGCCCUCACUCUAGCUGCCGCGGUGCCACAGUGUGCAUCACCUUUGUAGGGAUCUGCACCUCCUGACGACCCCUCGAAAUGAUGUUGAACACUGUAGUUUCUGGCACAAUAAAUAACCUACACCUGUGCAGCAAUUGUGAGUGGUAAGACUGCUCUUUUUUAACUUGCAUUUCUGGUUGAUGAUGUGGAGAAGGAGGGGAGUUCUCAAAUCUACACAAACAGAAAUAACAGCUCCUAUUAAAUCGCUUGUCCAAAGACAAUAUUAAGGCAGAUUAUCAUUUUAAUCAUUCGGCCAUUUAUCGAGUGCUGGACCCAGAGGUACAAAUUGUACCGGCUCCAUUCAUCUGCGUGCCAUGGUUGCAACCCCCUCCAACAGAAGUGGCAGCCUCCCUACCAACAAUGCCAAAAGUGAGACUAUACAGUUUUUUUUUCUUUUUGGCCGUACCCUAGGCAGCUGCCUCUUCGCUCUACCCCUAGUUCUCGCCCUCGCCCUAUCUACCCUACUCUGAGGACAUGCUUUUUGUUAAAAAGUCAAUCUAAAUAACAUGCUAAACAACAAUCCAUCCAAUCCAGUUGACUCAAUGCCAACCUUGCAAAUAAUAAUUCAUCUUCCUACCCACUGAUUGUUUCACUCUGGUUUGCCUGUGUGUGAUUUAUUAGUUUUAAUGUAUGCCAGCCUGUUUAUGAGGGACAGAUGCCUAUAUGCUGUUCUUGAGAGGCCUGGAUUUGUGGUGAGGCCACAAAGGCCCGGACCUAGGGCGGCACAAUUUUAGGGGUGGCAUGCCGCCCAGCCGCAUCUGAACUUUGCUCACAUAUGGAGCACUAGGGACAGGAUGCAUAGAAAGCUUCAGCGUGUCCUGUCACCUGUGCUCCGUAUGUGAGCUAAACGGAUGGGCAUGCGUGUUAUCCUGGGCAGGGGGUGGGUUUGCGGUGAAUGGAGGUAACCUCUGGGUGCCAAAAUUGUAAAUCCAGCAUUGGUUCUUGGCACAGAGCUUCGUUUUUGCCACUACAUACACCCACAGAGCAGAUUUGGUUGUUUGUUUUGACUUUCUGUUUCUGAACCACUACAAAAGGAAUGUACUCCAUCAUCGAUAAUGCAUAUAUUUCCACUUGAACAUUGUAUUCAUGUUUUUCAGACUCUCUACUCUAUGUAAAUUUAAAGUAAUAAAAGUACAUUAUUAAAAAGUC